UUUUAGUUGCUCCAACCUUUGAAUCGUUGGGAAGAACACCUAGCUGUAAUCAUGCAUUGCCAUCGAACGCUUUUUACCAAGGAAGAACUUUUGCAAUUAUCAAUAUGUCGACAACAUGCGUUUUAUUCAUAAUCAUUGCUGUUCUCCUAACAUAUAUUUACGUCAAAUGUAAAAGAAACUCUCUUAAACUUUCAGAUAACAGAGAAGAAAUCACAAGAUUUUCCCGUCCACUUGUGAAUAGAACGGAAAACGAGGACACAAGCGUGGUUGCUGUAACAAUAAUGAGGCAUUCUGCUCCAAACGAAGUUUUAGCCGAAAAUGCACCAAAAAUAACGUCAUCAAACGAAGACUACGAAAGAAUAUCAGAAAAAUCUGAGUCAUCUUUUGAUGCAGGAAAUGCAGAACAAGGAACAAGUACAUCUGACGUUCAACACUCACAAAAUCACCAUAAUUAUCAAGAACUKAAUAUUGAUGCAUUAUUGUCGAACAUGCAAGGCUAUCAAGCUCUAAACAGGACUAUAGGGGACAGUGCUAGAGGAGUAGAACUUCCCUUGUAUAUCCGCAAGUACGAAGCAUUAAACUUCGUACAUAACCCACAAAGUUCUGAAUAUCAGAAACUGCAUCUGUAUGCAAAUAUUGAUGGAAAAAAGUAAGAUCACGUGCGGAUAUAUUGUCAGGUGGUUUGUGAUGUUUGCGUUUCGAUGUGUUAUUCAUCUCUAUUUCGUGUCAACCGUUUCCCCCCCCCCCCCCUUUUGG